AGACAUCUGGUCUAGCAGCAUGCGCCCUCCGCAGGCCGGGCGAGCAGGCUUCUUUAGCCUUUAAGCAGCCUGUCUGGUCUGAGGAGGUUUCUGUAGCCACUGGGCAGAAAAGGGACAGAGGUGAGGAGUGCAGAACGCACCUCCCAGACAGUCUCGCAGCCUCCCUGUGGUGCUCAGGGUUGAGGGCACCGAGCCAGCACGGGCGGCAGGGCGCGCUCUCUAGGCCGCGGGGGCGCGCUGCGCUACGCGGGUUCUGGCCGUGUCCCUAGAAGGAAGGAGAGGAGCAAGGGCGCCGAGGUGAGCACAGCCCUGGCGACGCAAGCCAGGGCGCCAGCACAGGCUCUAAGCGCUUUCUCUUUGACAGUGGUGGUGAAUUGCCUUAAGCGAUUCCCAACCUGGCCUCCUGGUGCCUUUCCCCGGGGCUGCCCGGAGGCCAGGGCUGGGCAGCUGUUGCACCAAGAGGGGGCAGCGGCGGAGUUCCGUAACCAUAGCAACCACAUCAGCACCACGGCGGCGGCAGCGGCGAGGGCAGCAUCCUCUCGCUCCUCCUCCAGGCAGCAGCGCCGUGGGGACCUGAGAUUCAGCUCGCAGGUGCCGCGCGCGACCUCCACCUAGGUCCUCUCACCGCCGCCGCAAGUGUUGGAGAAAAAAGGAACAGUGUGAGGGACCCCGGAACCAGAGCUGGGCCCAAGGAGGUGAGAGAGGGGAGCCCUGCAGUGGGAGACAGGUAAUGAACCAAAAGGAUCAUGUGUGAAGUACAAGGAACGGUUGAAUUUUCGGUAGAGCUGCAUAAAUUUUAUAAUGUGGAUCUUUUUCAGAGAGGGUAUUACCAGAUCCGAGUGACCUUAAAAGUGUCCUCAAGGAUCCCGCAUAGAUUGAGCGCUUCCAUCGUUGGGCAGACAGAGAGCAGCAGCCUGCAUUCAGCCAGUGUCCACGAGAGCUCCCUGCACAGCCGGGUCUUCCAGAUCCUGUACAGAAAUGAAGAAGUGUUCAUAAAUGAUGCUGUGAUCUUCAGAGCUCAUUUGCUGUUAGACAGCGAAAGGGUGGAAGAUGCUCUGAGUGAAGUUGACUUUCAACUCAAGGUGGACCUGCACUUUACAGACAGUGAGCAACAGCUGAGGGAUGUGACUGGGGCACCAAUGAUCAGCAGUCGCACUUUGGGUCUGCACUUCCACCCCCGGAGGGGGCUACACCACCAGGUCCCUGUCAUGUUUGACUACUUCCACCUGUCAGUGAUCUCGGUGACCAUCCAUGCUGCCCUGGUGGCUCUGCAGCAACCCCUAAUCAGUUUUACUCGCCCGGGAAGAGGAUCUUGGCUUGGCAAAGGAGGCCCAGAUGCGGGACAAGAACAGUCAAUUAUCUCCCUGGAAAACUUGGUCUUUGGAGCUGGAUACUGCAAGCCAACUUCCUCAGAGGGAAGCUUCUACGUCCCUUCAGAGAACUGCGUGCAGCAGGCACACAAAUGGCACCGUGACCUUUGUCUCUUGCUCCUCCAAGCCUACCAGGGACUUCGCCUCUACUUCCUGGUCAUCAUGAGGGAUAUCCCGGAGCUGCCCCACAUGGACCUGGAGGCUCUUGCUGUUGAAGAAACACUCUCUCAGCUGUGCUCCGAGCUGCAGAUGCUGAACAACCCCGAGAAGAUAGCCGAGCAGAUCAGCAAGGACCUGGCCUGGCUUGCCUCCCAUCUCAUGGCUCUGUGGACCCAGUUCCUGGACACGGUGACACUGCACUCCCGAGUGACCACUUACCUGACCCAGGAACACCACACCUUGAGGGUCCGAAGGUUUUCUGAGGCCUUUUUUUAUAUGGAGCACCAAAAACUUGCAGUUUUAACCUUUCAGGAGAAUUUGAUGCAGACCCACAGCCAGCUGUCCCUGGAUGUGCGGAACUCCGAGUACCUCGCCAGCAUGCCUCCGCUGCCUGCUGAGUGCCUGGACAUCGAUGGUGAUGGGAACACCCUGCCAGUCAUCUUUGAGGACAGAUAUGUGGACUGCCCAGUGACAGGACACAAUUUGAGCGUUUAUCCUAAGUUUGAUGAUUCAGCAACGAUCCCUACCAUAAUGAACCUAAAAGAGAAAGAAGAGAGCCAUAUUGUAAGUAGAGCAUCAUCUCUCAACAAAGGUCUUGUCUUGUCCACAUCGAAACCAACCCAAAUGGACUCUGAUAAAGAAGUUAGUAGGUGUCCAGAACCAGGCGAGAAUGUGACCACACAAAAUCAGGUAGACAUAUGCUUCGAGUCUGAGGUCUAUCUGACAAUUGGUGAAUUUCAGAAUAAAGCAGGAGUGCCUGAAGAAGAAUGCUGGACUGGGCAGAGGUCUGAUGUGGGAGCAUUUCCACUGGCAGAAGUGGACAUGCCUAGAAAGAGUCUAGGUCCAAAUGAUGGGCAAACCCCAGUGCUAACCUACAUUGAUGUGAAAUCUAGCAAUAAGAACCCACCCAGACCUGAACUUACAGAGCUCUUUAGUACUCACCAGGAAGGACGCAAUUCUAGAGACAAAUAUGGUUUUGGAAAUCAACAGGAUGCCAGCUCUACGGACAAAACAGCCUUCCCUGAGCUCAGCACUCCAGGAAAGGGGACAGACCAAGAAGGUAAACUAGGAUCACUGAAUCUGAGGCUAACACCUUCUAAGCCUUGUGACCUCCUUAGCUACACUUUGAGAGCAUCCUUGGAUAUCAAAUCUUCCCUUCAGGACUCUCACACAGAUGAGCAGGAAGAGAUAUCAGUACUUUCUGGGGUCAUCAAGCGCUCUUCCUCCAUCAUAUCUGACUCAGGCAUUGAGAGUGAACCAAGCUCAGUGGCUUGGUCAGAAGCUCGAAGCAGGGCCUUAGAGUUACCCAGUGACCGGGAAGUCUUGCACCAGCUGGCUCAGAGGUAUGUCCUGCACAGGAACUCAUUAGAAGGAGGACACACAGAGAGUAACACAAGUCUGCCCAGUGGCAUCCAGGCUUCUCUCACCUCCAUCAGCUCUUUGCCUUUUGAAGAGGAAGAGCGAGAGCUGGCAGUCACGAAGCUAACCAAGUCUGCAUCUGCACCUCAGAUCAGCAGCCCAGAGGGGGCUGCUGAGAGUGCAGGCACCAUGCAGACACAGGGAGCCUCUGCUGAAGCUUCAGAUACACACAGCAAGAGCAAAGUUUCCCCUACACACAACUCUCCACCUUGCAAUGGCUUCAGAACCAAGGAUGAGGGGGAAGGUCUUUCCCUGGGAGGAAUAGAUUCAGAUGCUGAGAAACAGCAGGGUCCUGGUUACAUGGACAUCCCCAAAGGGAAAGAGUCUUGGUUUUCUGCUCAAGGAAACUGUCCUCUAGAUAGCAGAACUGAGAGCACUUCCGGUGUUGAAACCAAAGGUGGUGACUUAAAUAUACCACGUACCAUUACCCUUGAAAAUGCAAGGACCAAGCCUUUCCAUAGAGGACAAAUGGAAGCCCCAAAAGGCAAACCUAAAGACUUGAAUGUUGGCAAACACAAUGUGUCCAACAGCAGUGUAACAGAGCUUGUAGAGCUGUCUCACCAUAAGGUGCCUGAAUUCAGCUGUCCAUCAGCUGCCAGUGCUAACCCCCAGAAUUCUGCAGGCCAGCAAAGCAGCUUGCCUUGCCUCAUUGAUGACACCACCUUGAACAGAGCACCCAAUACCUCUGUGGAGGUUGAACAUGAAGCUGGCACUGUGUGCCCCACUGUGACUCAUGCCAUUCCUUCUCAUGUUUUGAGGAGCCCGGAGCCAAAGGCAGGCACUUCCAUCAUGGGCUCCCACCUGAACCCCGCAGAAACCUUUACUUUGGACAGCCUGAAGGCUGUGGAGGUCGUCAACUUAUCCCUGUCUUGCACUGCCACAUGCCUCCCUUUCUCCUCUGUGCCCAAGGAGAACCCUGCCAGGGCUGGAUUCUCGUCCAAACAGACGCCUGUUCCUAUCACCCAUCAACCUCUGGGUUCCUUUGGAGUUGUUUCUACCCAUUCUAGCAAGUUGGAGGAAGAAGUCAGUGAACGGAUGUUCAGUUUUUAUCAGGCCAAAGAAAAAUUUAAAAAAGACUUGAAGAUUGAAGGAUAUCUGUACAGUGACUUGUCUGUGCUGGCUUCUGAUACACCAUAUUUCCCACCAGAGGAGGAGGAAGAGAAUUUGGAAGAUGGAAUUCACCUGGUAGUUUGUGUCCAUGGCCUUGAUGGAAAUAGUGCGGACCUUCGGCUGGUAAAGACCUUCAUAGAACUGGGGCUCCCUGGUGGAAAACUAGACUUCCUAAUGUCUGAAAAGAAUCAGAUGGACACAUUUGCAGAUUUUGAUACCAUGACGGAUCGGUUAUUAGAUGAAAUCAUUCAACACAUUCAGUUGUACAACCUCUCCAUAUCUCGCAUUAGCUUCAUUGGCCAUUCUCUGGGCAACAUUAUCAUCCGGUCUGUCCUCACAAGGCCCCGGUUCCGGUAUUACCUCAACAAACUCCACACGUUCCUGUCACUGUCUGGGCCUCACUUGGGCACACUGUACAACAACAGCACCCUCGUUAGUACAGGCUUGUGGCUCAUGCAGAAAUUAAAGAAAUCUGGGUCCCUUUUGCAGCUGACCUUCAGGGAUAAUGCUGAUUUGCGCAAAUGCUUUCUGUACCAACUAAGCCAAAAAACAGGGCUGCAGUAUUUUAAGAAUGUCGUGCUGGUUGCUUCCCCUCAAGACCGUUAUGUCCCAUUCCACUCAGCCAGAAUCGAAAUGUGCAAAACUGCCCUCAAAGACAGGCACACAGGACCGGUUUAUGCGGAAAUGAUCAACAACCUGCUGGGUCCCCUGGUGGCUGCCAAAGACUGCACUUUAAUCCGACACAAUGUGUUUCACGCCCUGCCCAACACUGCCAACACCCUGAUUGGCCGUGCUGCGCACAUCGCUGUGCUGGACUCGGAACUAUUCCUAGAGAAGUUUUUCUUAGUGGCUGGACUCAACUACUUCAAGUAGUGGCUUGGAGGAGGCGGGCAUUGGGUAACUUACCAGAAAGGUUUAAGGUCCCUUGAGUUUUCUGUUGGAGACAGAUUUUUAUACACCUCUGCUGUUGGGGUGGAGCUGAGAAUGUCUGAGAUGAAUGGAGGCUGAGGUAAAUCUGGACCCCAGGCCUUUUCUUUCAGAGAUUUAAAAAAGCUGAACAAAUAGUGCAAAAGAUAAACAACAACAACAACAACAAAACAGCUUGGCUUGAAUUUGUCUGGCUGCCUGGGCGCUCAUGAAGGAUAUUUUCUAGGAAAAAUUUCUGGAAAAUAAAAAAACAGAAUACUUGGAGUUGGUGAGCCCACCUUUUAAAUCACCACGGCUCACUGAGAUCUCAUCAACUUAGCUAGAUUUGUCCUGUAUCUACUAGGUCACAGCUUUAUCAUUUUUAUUAAAUUAAGUGCACACAAGCAUUUCAGAACUCAGGUUAUCCUCUGUGCAGAAGUGGAACCUAUUUGUAUAAAUAGAGUCCUUAUUAGAUUCAAAUGUACCAUUUGUUCAAAAAACCAUGGCACCCAUUUCACAUAUUCUCUUCAUGUUUUCUAAACAGAUGCAAAAGAAUGAGUGAUAAUUCCCCAUGUUAUUUCAUAGUGGCAGUGGUGGGGUGAUUUACAGUGAGGAGGGAUCAGUGCAAUGCUGAUAAUAAUUACAAGUUUGUUACAAAGAACUGCAGGGAAUGCAUCUGACUAAUUUCUCCACUUAUUUCCUCAGACUUUCUCUAUGCAUAGCCUGGCCCACAAAUUAUUUUUGUGAUUGCUUUACCUUUUGUCUGGACUAGAGAAAAGUACAUAAGAUUAAGCAGAAGGGGACACUGAGAUUAUGCACGCAUGGGUAAAACUCCUGCUGAUGCACUUCCAAAGAAACGCUGUGCUUGCACUGGAUGCAACCGCCAAAAAUCAAACCAUUCACGUGGCCAGCUGCUUCUCCUCUCCCGGCAUGGAGAAAGGCAUCUGAAUGGAGGAGCACUGAAUACAAACCUCAGGGGAGCUCUCAGAAGGGUGCUGGUUAUCUUACAAUAGAGACGUUUAAUUGCCUUAGGAAAAUAAAGGGCUAGGAGUGGUCACUAUUGAUAAAAACUGAUAGAAAACAGGGACAAAAGUAGGGUCAGAUUGGAGAACAAAAGCCAGACUGAAGACUCAAAUUAAACUACUGUAAGUCAGUGACUUAUGGGAACACAGUGGCUUUGUGGGCCUGGGAAUCAGAAACCAUGUACAAGGGAGAAAGUGUACCAAAUGACCAGGAUAUUUAAUAGGAUCCCAAAGUCUGUGGUACUCUGUGCAGGCUUAUCAAUCAUUUAGUUAUAGGCAAGGAAUACAUGAAGUAGGACUGCUGGGAGGAAUAACACAGGCAAGGAAUCUUCUGGAAAUGGAAGCUCCUGCUUCUUCAGAAGGUUUCUCCUUCAGCACAGGAACUUGGUCAAGCACCCUGGCAGGCCACUAAUACCAUGCAAUAAAGCCAAGUGAAUCUUGGGUCAUUUGAGAGUUUUAGAUUCACAUACAUUAAAUGCAGACUAUGGGGAACCAGUCCAGGCAGGCAACUUUGCAAAACAGUAGACUCGUGGGUUUCAUCCAAAAAAGUGGUGGGAGGGUGUUGAGGAUUUUGCAAAAGCAGACAUCCACACUCUGGAUUUUGGAUUCCACUGUGUGUCUUUUCUGAAUGCCCUGGUAUGCUGGUCAAAUAGUUUUGCUUCAUCUUCUGGUCACCUUCCCUAAUGGGUAUUUGUCCUGAAUGCUUGACUGGGUGCUGGUAUAAAUUCUGGCUCCUUAUGAGCAGCAAUGCAUUCGUGCUGUACCCAGCAGACACUUGCUUUCUGGUUGUGCAGCUCAUGCUGAAGUGUUUUCUGGCCUCGACACAGGCUCAUGCCCAGACAGGUCCAUAGGUUAGUGGCAACUUCUCCUUUCCAGCUCUAACUAGAGCUCUCCCCCUCUGAAGGGCACGAUUUCAUGCUGUGUUUCCAGUUCUCAUCAGCAUCUGUCAUUCCCCGGUCAUUUCUAAGACCAUGUAGCCAACAGUUAUGGAGUCUCGAUGAAUCUGAUGAUCAUUUUUUCCAAUAACCAGAUGCCAUUUUACCUUCAAUAUGCUGUCUGGACACAGUGAGAACUAAUGGCAAUAAAUGUCCAGCUGCAUGCUGCACCUCUUUUUUAUGGGGGUGUCCUUCUGUCUUUGGAAAUCAUUUCUGGCCUCUGAGCAUCUGUUAUAAUCAUGUAGAAAGUGCAUCUCUAUAUUGUAAAUAAGAGUCCAGUGUUGUGUGACAUGCCUCAUUUGAAAAGGCUUUUUUAUGUGUCUUUCUAUUGAAGUAUAGAUAUCUAAUAUAUAUAUACAUAAUAUAUAUAUAUGUAUAUUGUAAAACAGGGACAUUCUAUUAUUGAUUAUAACAAUUAUUAACAAAAUGCCUGCCAAGGUAAUGGUGGUAUAGUAUAUCUCCAUUCACUGCAUAAUUUGUGGUUUUUGAUUUUAUGAUUUGUUCUUUUCCAAAACUAGCUAGAAAUAAAAAUUUGCUAACAUUGAGAUUACAUCAAAUUGUUUUUCAUGAGAGGCAAAUAAACACAGAGAAACAGAUAAUACCCUAAUGUCAUAUUGGAGGAAAAAAAUAUACCUUGGUGGCAGGUUGACUGCAGGUGGAGUGCUAUAAUCCUGGGAUACAGGUGAGAGGAAAAUCCUUGUGAAUGGGGUUGCAGAGUAACUACAUCUGGGCCAUAUGGGAGCACAGAGGCAAAACACACAAUCCCUGCUCUCAGGGAACCUAUAGAAGAUUCCCUUCCUUUUUCUAGAACGUGGCCUAAGGAGGUGAGUGCUGUGUUGAAGCAUGACAGGUGCAAGGUUUGUCUGAAAGUCCAUUCUGUCUUGCAUAGGAAGGACCACACAGACAGCCUUGACAGUGAGGCAUCAAAGGAGAGACCUUUUGCCUAACACAUACACUCUGAUUAUGUCAUUCACUCACUUGCUCGUUCAUCAUUCACUUAUUCAUUCAUCCAUUCAUUCAACAAGUUUGCACUGAGGAACUGGUCUGUGUCAGAGAAUUAUAGGCAAACUCAGUAGCUCAGGGUCUGGCAGAAUUCACAGCCCAUCAGUGUUUCUCAGAGAUUAGACAAAAGAGUCUUAAAUCACCUGAGAUCAGAAAAGAUUUCAUAGAAGACUCCUGGGGUCAAAGCCAACACAAGAAGACUGAAGGAGUUGGUUCAUGAACAUGAGUUGUUGGGAAUCUCAGUGAGAAAGAGAAAAAGAGAGGAGGGGAGGGGAGGAAAGGAGAGGAGAGGAGAGGAGAGGAGAGGAGAGGAGAGGAGAGGAAAGGGUGGGGGGAGGAGAGGAGAGGAGCAGGAGAAGAACUUCAAAACCUAGUAUCCUGGAAAGGCAGAUAGACAGACAGUGUGUUUGAGUACAAGAGUUACAAAAAGGUGUGGAAGGUCAGCUACUAUGCAGGAUUUUCUUUUUUACAUUGAGAGGAAAUCUCUAUUCUUAAUUCUAGUAGAAAGCCUUCACUUAGAACAAAUGCCCUGGAAGACCACAGCUGCCCUAGGCUCGUGUCCUUUGGCCUGGCUGAGGGAGACCUGCCUGGUCUACUUUGCCUUGUAGGAAGUCCAUGGCUGACUCCUCCAGAUCCUUUAUUCCUGAACAUACCCUCUGAUGAGCAUAGCAAAUGUGAUGGUGAAAUGCCAAGACAUGUACACAGGAUGAGAAAGGAAAAAGUCACUUUAUUAUUUUUUCUUUUAAUGUAUGGAAGCAAAUGAAAUUCUCCAUAUUGUUGCUUGAUAUGACAAUGUAAAUUGCUCACAGAUUCAACAAUUUUGAUAGAAGGACAAUAUAAAGAAACACACUUAAUCUUCAGUGUACAGUGGGCAGUCUGCAGCAUUAUAAGACUGAGGUAAUUUAGCAAAAGCCAAUCCUUCCUCAGUUGACAGAUGUUUUAUGACAGCCUACAGUGAGCCAGAGGUUGCCCAUAAAUUGAACAAACAAAAAGAUUCAGACCGUUCUAAUGGCAUGUGUGUGUGUGUGUGUGUCUGUGUGUGUGUGUGUUUGUGUGUGCGUCUAUGCAAGGGGACUUUGAAGAGUGGUAGAAGGUCACAGGCAUGGUGAGGACACAAAGGCCUCAUAGAAGGGUCCUUCAGAAGAGGCAGUUGGUGUCAACCUUAUUAGCAUGCGCAUGAAAAAGAUGCAAGGAGAAAUACCAGCACUUGGUCCUGGGUGCCGGGGUCUACAAGUCAAUUUAUUUUUUUGGAAAAUGUUCCCAUGCUUUCUAUCAUAUACCUCAGUGUCUGGAACACAGAGAACUAGCUUCUAGAGUAAUCUAAAUGUAUGGAUGUUACUGGAUAAUGUUUUGCCAGCCAUUAAAGUAAGUUAUUUCUCUGUAUUUGAUCUUCUCCUUCAUGAUGGAUUACAGAGGGAGUAUUUCCAUAUUUUGCAGAUCUGGUGGUGACUAUAUGGCUUUAAAACACAAUCCUUGUAUCGCAGAGUCAGAUCACUUAUAAGGAGAUCAUACCUAGAUUCUUGUUCAUCUAGUCUUUUUUCUUUACUAAUAAAGUUAUAAAGGAGCAGAAAUAGCAUGCGAUGUCUACAUUUUGUUUGCUGGCUUUUACCAUGAUUUAACUUAAUCCUUAAAGAACCUUGUAAAUGAUCCUGGGAAACCUGAAAUACCUUGUGAAAGAUCCUAUAUCUAGCCGUGGUAGAGUCAAGAUUGAACUCUAACCUUCUUUACACUACAAUUCUUUAGAUUCAGAGAAAUUACUCAUUUGUAAAAAUUGACAUCCUUCUUUAAAUUAAAUCCAGAGUCAUUGUCUGUGUCUCUUAAACCACAGCUUAGUUACAUUCUAUUACAAUGUAUUCUUGUAUUAGAUGCCUGCUUAAUCAGGCAGCUAAAUGGCAUGAGAAAAUGCUAUUCAGCCCCAAAUAUGGUUUUCAAACACAAUUCAGUAAGCACAAUAGAAUGAUUGGCUGAGCUAUUUCAUUCUUGACUGGUGUCAUGUUCAUCAGUUACUAAUCUCAAGAACAUUUUGUGGCUUUAUAGCUAGAAGUUUCCACCCACAAUUCAUGAUGCCUUCCUAUCCUAUCCGUAGCUUCCAUCCACACUAUUCAUGGUUCUGUCACUCCUACAUUAACAUAGCUGAUUGUAUUGAUCUCAGAAAAAACUUUCCUGUAACAGGAUUCAAACCCUGCUUCAGGGUAAAUCUGAUCCUAAUUCUUUGCCCUAACAGCUAAAUUUCUCUUGGUCUCACAGUCUCUUUUCUCAGUCCUUCUCAAAUGCAUUCCCACAUACUUGUAGGACUCUCAUCGUGCAGAGACCCUUGAGUGCAUCUAAUUCAUUCCUGCUGCUGCAUAGUGGGAGUCCAAAAGUAUUUUCUGGAAAGCAUCAAUUCCUUUCAAGCUCACAUUUUCUUCUCCAGACUUUCAAAUUGCCUUACACCAGCUUCUUCUGCAAAAACAGUUUGACAUUGGGCAGGGGUGUGCUCUAAGCUUCGGAAUUUGUAAGAACAGAGCACCCCUAUGAAGAUAUGUCACAGUGGAGCUUUUUAGUCUGUCUCUUCAUCUGCAGAGAACAACUGCAAAUGUCUUUAUGAAAACUGACUGGGGCCAUGGUCAAACAGGAAAAGCAGGGAUCUGGAAUGGUGCCUGUUAUAAAGCAUGUAUUUGAAAAUCUGGGAUGGAAGUCACUUAGGAAUAUUUCCUAGCAAAAGGGAGUGUCUUAGUUUCUUUUCUUAUUGCUGAGACAAAACACACCACACCCAAAGUUUAAGGAGGAAAGGUUUAUCACACCUUAUAGUUUGUAGAGUUUUCAAUACAUAAUUGGUUGGCUCCAUAAUUGGCUGGCUCCAAGGCAGGGUAGCAUGACAAAGGUGUAUCCUGGGGAAAAGAUUGUUCAUGUUGGGUAAAAGUAGUCAAGAAGCAGCCAGCAACAAGGGACAACAGCGGCCUUUUUCUGGUCUCUUAUAUCCAGGCUACACCCCCUUAGCAUAAGUAGCACCCACACCCACAUUGGGCCUUCCCACUAUUCAUACUGGAACCUAUGCCAAACCAAUCAGUAGCCAAAUUUAGCAGUUACACACCUUUGAUCCCAGCAUCACAUAUUCUAGAUCAAGCCACUUCUGAAAAAGUCCCACCUAUAUCCACAUGAGGCUUUUGGGAGAUAUGAAGGCAUAAGCUAUAAGAGGAAGUUUCCCUGUAAUACAUUCUGAAAUUCUCCGUGUGGCUUUAACGUGAUUCAUGUGUGAUGAUUUGAGGGACAUUACCUAGUCUAAAAUGUCAGGGUUAACCUGCCUAAUGACUAAAUAGGAUAUUUCACUGUCAGUCCAGGAGCCUCCCAGCCUGACUCUUUCAGGUUAAUUCAGUGCAUGAUUGGAUGAUCUGUGUAAUAAAGUUAUUUUUUUUGCUUGGGUAUAGUGUACACCACUGUUGAGAGUUGAGAGGUAGCAGCAUGACAUCCAUUUAAAGAACAGGCACUGGCAAGGUCUAAAAUCUCCUUUAGACCAAGGUUGAAAUUACUGCAUAUGACAAAAUACCUUGCUACAUUCUUUAUGUCUCCAAAAUUCAGUAAUAAAGUGCACCUGAUGUUGUAUACAUACAUCUUUUCAUACACACAUACUUUUGUCUUUUUUCUAAAUUUUUAUUUCACAUAUAUUUUUUCUCCAUAUGCAGCAAUGUGAAAGUUUGUGAUUUUACUUUCAUUCAUAAUUUUCUCAUAACUCAUCUUUGAAUACAUUUCUUUAUAAACAGUAUCUAUUUAGUCUCUGCUCAGCUGUGUGCUAAGCUUUGGAGGCUACAAAAAUUAAUCAUUUGUGGCUGUGUUAUUUAAGCUAGUGUGAAGAGAGGAUGUGUGGGGACAUAGUCCAGGGUAGAACAAGUCAAAAGACCAGGUAAGAAACCUUAAGAAUGAUACCAUCCCAUGCCUCUAAAAACAAAUCACUCCCAGUAUUGGGCUUCUGUUGCCCCAUUGGCAUCUGGAUACAGUAAACUUGCUCAGGUGGGAAUCAUCAGUCAUAUCAACCGUGCCACCUAGGUAGUGUUUCAAAGCUUCCUGUGGCUCCCAUUCUCAGAUCAGGAUCAUGGGAGAACGUUUACAGAAGGAUGAGAUGAAUGGAGAACACUGAAGUUCAGUCUGGCAAGAGGCAUCUCUCCCUAAAUAGAUUCCACCUACGUGAUAUACAACAACUUGGGUUUUCGGUGACUAAGCUUGUUACUUCUUUUCAGAUUAGUAGACAAAACACAGAUGAUCAAAUAAAUAAAAGACACAUUAUCAGUGCCAAAAAGUGUUACCAUUCUUAGAUUUGGCGAAGGGAACCAUCCAGUCAUUUAUACUUAAUGAUGACAGGGCAGUCAGUACUGUGGAAUUUGUCAUAUAUUUUAUUUUAUAUUUGUUUUCAAAUAUUACGUAUUGCUGAAGAUGGUAGGGUACUUGUCAUGGUCCCUUUUUCAAAAAUAAAAAAAGGAACCUGAAUGUAUCACUUGAUGCCACUGUGAAUCCUAACAUACUUAUUCUCUUGACAGUAUCUGAAUACAAUAAUUUCAAUGUCCUGCACACUCUUACAAACUAUUACAUAGCCACCUUAGAAAUAUCAAUGUAAUUAAUGUCAAUAUAAUUUCACUAUUUUUCUACAUUUGCUUCUUGGUUGGCAUUUUGUGUAACUUGUGAUAUAUACAAAUGAUAAACAAACAUGACAAUAAUAAAGAUCCUUUUGCCAGAAA